AUUAAGUCAUGGCCUUUUCUCCUCCCCUAACCUCUCCUCCCUCUCCCGAGUCUUCCCCAACUCCUCAACAAAAAAAUCUAAUCCCUUGGCAAUCAAUGCGAGGCCUCAAACAAAUCCACUCCCUAGUCCUCAGAUCCCCAUCCCUUCAAACCCCCCUCAUCCUCUCCAAGCUCCUCUCGUUCUCUGCUCUCAACCCUCACGGGGACGUCUCCUAUGCUCAGCUCCUCUUAGCGCACAUCGAAACCCCGACGACCUCGAUGUACAACGUCGUUAUCCGCGGGCUCUCCCUUAGUAGAAAAAUACCCGCGUCAAGCUCAAUGCUCGCGUACCAAGCGCUGCUGCGAUGUAGUCUUUGCCCUAACAAUUUCACGUUCCCUUCACUUAUAAAGGCUCUUGCCGAAUGUGGGUCUCUUUGGGAGGGCAGACUGGUGCAUGCCCACGUUGUUAAGUUGGGAUUUGAAUCAGAUUGUUAUGUGAGGAACAAUCUUAUCAGGUUGUAUACGGUCUGUGGAGAAAUGGGUAUUGCACACGAACUGUUCGAUAGAUUUCCCGAAAGAGAUUUGGUAUCCUGGACUACCUUGAUUUUGGGGUAUUCAAAGACGGGGCGUGCGGAGGAAGCUGUAUCAUUGUUUCUCGAAGCGACGGAUGAAGAUUUGAAACCGGACGCAAUUAUCAUGGCGACGGUGAUUUCUGCUUGCUCUAAAGUUGGGGAUUUGAAACUUUGUAGGAAGUUACAUAAUUACAUUGAUGCACACAACGUGGAGUCUGAUGUUGUCACUGGAAAUGCGUUGGUGGAUAUGUAUGCAAAAUGUGGUGACAUAGAGUCGGCAUAUUCUAUCUUUAAAGAGAUGAAUGAAAAAGAUGUUGUUUCUUGGAACUCUAUGAUAUCCGGGCUUGCGCAAAAUGGGGAGUUCAAAGAGGCUCUAAAAUUGUUUCGACGAAUGCAAUGUGAGGGUAUAGAACCUGAUGGCAUGACACUAGUCGCUGUGCUCAAUUCAUGUGCCAAUCUUGGAUCUCUUGAAAUGGGAAAUUGGGUGCGCGUGUACAUGGACAAAGUUUGCAUCAGAGCUAAUGGAAUUAUCGGAAAUGCCUUAGUUGACAUGUAUGCAAAAUGUGGAAGAAUAGAACAAGCAAUGGAAUUGUUUAAUAAAAUGACAAAAAAAGAUGUGUACACCUACACAACUAUGAUCCUAGGGCUUGCUAUGCAUGGGCAAGCAAAAGAAGCCCUAGACCUCUUCUCUGAGCUGUCAAAGGCACGUAUAAGGCCAAAUAGCAUUACAUUCAUCGGAGUGCUAUCAGCUUGUAGCCACGCUGGUUUGGUCAAUAUAGGACUUGCUCAUUUCCAUGAUAUUUCAAGGGUUUAUGGGAUUAACCCAAAAAUCGAGCAUUAUGGGUGUGUGGUUGAUAUGUUGGGCCGAGCUGGGCUUUUGAAUGAGGCCCAAGAAUUCAUCGAUAGGAUGCCAAUAGAGCCCGAUGCGUUCAUAUGGGGGACUCUCCUAGGUGCUUGCAAAAUCCAUGGGAAUGUCAAAUUAGGGGAGAGCGCUGCUAAGAACCUAUUAAAGUUACAACCGAAUGAAGAUGGUGCUUAUGUGCUUAUGUCGAAUAUGUAUGCAUCUGAUAAUCAAAAGGGGGAUGAGAGAACUAUGAGGAAGUUGAUGAAGGUGAAGAAGGUGAAGAAGACUCCAGGGUGUAGUCUCAUUGAAGUUGAUGGAAUGGUUCAUGAAUUUAGAAUUAGGGACAAAUCACAUCCUAGAAGAAGAGAGAUUUACAUGGUGGUGAAGGAAAUUGACGGUCAUCUGAGAAGUGAGGGCUACAGACCUGCAAUGGAGAUUUUGGAGCAAGAAUUGUGUUGGCAUAGCUAACACGAGAAUUAUCAAUAGCAAAGACAGAACAAGAGAACAAUGCACAAGCUUUGCCAAAGUGAAGGAGAGAAUAACCAUUGAAGCCACCUCCAGGAUUUCAUUUUCACCUACAGACGAGGAUCUCACUUUUCCGAUACCUCUUGGGCAAAAAGCUCCACAACUUACUUAUAAUAUCGUAAAUGAGGUCAAUGUGUAUGAGACUUGUCGAGAGAAACUUAUCCAGAAAUAUGAGAAAUGGGGAGCAAAUGGUAAAUUGUAGUUCCUCACUUCAAGAGACAGCAAGUACCCCCCACAGCUCUCGUCCUGCACGCCACACUCAUGAUGGAGCCAGGUACUGGAAAACUAGAGGAAUCAAUAAGUCAAUGCAAGGUCCAGAAAACCAUUUUGCAGAAUCAAGAAUUUUGGAUUAUUGCCUAGCUGAUUGUACAAUGACCAACUGGGCCAUGAAUGAAUUUAUGCUUGUUGAUGCCAAGGACAAGGACAAGAAGCCUGCUCAAAAACAGCCCAAGCCUGAAAAUGGUCAACCCAACAAUCCGGAUUCGCCAAAGAUUCAUGAUGGCUGUGUAUUAUGUACCAUCACUAGGAAAGUAGAAGAUGAUGCAGGCCAUGAAGAAGUCGAUCCAGAAAACGCAGAGGAAGCUCCUCGCAGAAAAAAAGUUUGUAUAGGAAAGAAGAAGAAGAACUAAGAAGCUGAUAAGAAUACAGGAAGUUUCCACUCCCUCCGAUAAUACUAAAGAGAAUGAUCAGAGUAAAAUCCUGCACGAAGGAGUUGACAAAUAAGUCACGGGACUUUGAAAAUUUUGUUGUUUGAAUAUAUGCUGGCUUUCAGAAGAACAAUCCUGAAAACAAAACCUGGAAAUUUGAAUACGUAGAUUUCUGUAUAAACUGGUUUCAGUUUCGGUUUCAUGUAGCCGCGUAUGGUUCUCUGAGAAGAAUGUAUAGUUUCAGGAUGAUUCUCUCUGAUUUUGUUACGUAAGUUUACAUUUAUAUGAUGGCAUUGCUUGCUUGUUA